CAAUAAUAAAAGAUGACGUCGACCGUCAUGUUUAGAUUGUAGUCCGUCAACCAAAAUAGAAAAUCCGCGAAAAUGGCCACGAAUAGGCAAAAUAUUCUGUUCAGUAUAGCCGCCCUAUUAAUUUCGGUUAAUUGCUGCAACGCCCUUUAUUUUCACAUAGGGGAAACGGAAAGGAAAUGUUUUAUCGAAGAUAUACCAGAUGAAACCAAUGUAAUAGUAAAUUACAAAGUAGAACUUUACGAUCCAAGAAGUGGAGGAUAUAUGCCCUCUUCACCAGGAAUUGGUAUGCAUGUAGAAGUUAGAGAUGCUGACGAUAAGAUACUUCUAUCAAGGGUAUACAGUUCGGAGGGUAAAAUCUCUUUUACUUCCCAUUCGCACGGGGAACACGUAAUUUGUAUGUAUUCUAACAGUACUGCUUGGUUUAGCGGUUCACAAUUAAGGGUACAUCUGGACAUACAAGUAGGAGAACAUGCUGUCAAUUAUGGUGAAGUGGUACAGAAAGAAAAACUCUCAGAAUUACAAUUGAGAAUUAGACAGCUCCUAGAUCAAAUUGAACAAAUCACUAAAGAGCAGAACUAUCAGAGAUAUCGUGAAGAAAGGUUCAGGCAGACUAGUGAAAGUACCAACUCCCGUGUAUUAUGGUGGUCUCUCAUUCAAACUGCUGUUCUAUUAGUUAUGGGAGCCUGGCAAAUGAGACAUUUGAAGAGCUUCUUUGAAGCCAAAAAAUUAGUUUGAUGUGUUGUUUUCGGUUAUUUUUUUAAUAAAUAUUUAUAAUUUUAA